CACUGUCGCACGGGUCCUGGCCUCCAGCGGUCCUCUCCGCAAUCUGUAGACACCCGCACUGUCGGAGCGCAGCCACCAGUCGCGGGACUAUCUGAAGCUGCUGCCGCCGCCGAUUCUGUCCCCACUGUGCGCCAUGGAGGGCGGCUCCAUCGAGGUGUUCACGGUGAACGCGUUCACGGCGGAGCCGUUCGCCGGCAACCCGGCGUCCGUCUGCCUGCUGGAGGACCCGUCGCCGCCGGACGUCCUCCUGCAGGGGAUCGCCGCCCAGAUGAACCACUCGGAGACGGCGUUUGUGACGCGCCUCUCCGAGGGAGACCAGUUUGACACGGCCGACACGUUCCGCCUGCGCUGGUUCACGCCCACCACCGAGGUGAAGCUCUGUGGACACGGCACCAUGGCGGCCGCCGCCGUCCUCUUCAAGGUGGUGGGUAACAAGCAGCCGCAGCUGACGUUCGUCACGCGCUGGGAGCUGCGGCUGACGGCCGUCAGGGACGAGGACAGGAUAGAGCUGGAGCUGCCGCUGAACGCGCCGCAGCCGGUGCCGGCCGAGCGGUUCGCGCAGCUGGCCGCUGCUGUCUGCGGGCAGCUGCCCGUGGCCGAGAGCCAGCUGUCGGAGGAGACCGGGAAGCUGCUGCUGAGACUGGAGGACAGCUGCACCGUCCGGCAGCUGGAGGAGCUCAAGCCGGAGGUGGGCCAGCUGCCGCGGCUCCACGACGGCAGCGAGGUACGCGGCGUCAUCGUCACGCUGAAGGACGGCGGCAAGUUCGACUUCCAGAGCCGCUACUUCGCGCCGUGGGUUGGCAUCCCCGAGGACCCGGUGACGGGGUCGGCACACACGGUGCUGGCGCCGUACUGGGCGCGUCAGCUCGACUCAGAGCGACUGUGGGCGCGCCAGUGCUCGGCCAGGGCCGGCCAGCUGGGCCUGGCCGUCGACUGGGACCGCCAGCGGGUCCUCGUCUACGGAGAGGCCGUCGUCGUCCUCCAGGGAAAGCUGAGGAUCCCCUAGCGUGGUGAAUGUGAUGACGGAAAGCUGGGCGGUGCUAAAUAUAUGUGGGGAAUUUCCUGGGGUUUCGCACUAAAUAUGCAGGUGCCUAGUGCAUAGAUAUUGGAUGUCAAUUAGAUAAGUAAAAGAAAUUGAGCUUUUCCUCGACAUUACAGAUGCAAAAAGCCUUGGUAUGCGCAUGUAGAACCGCCGGUAUAGUCGACUACAGAAUGAUGUUCCACUUUUCACAGGCAAUUAUUUGCCUGGAGUGGUAAGCUGCGCCGCAUCACACGGGCUGAGUUCACAAAUUAUAGCUUUGUCCCAAUGUUCACAAUCGACACGCUUAAUUGCGUGAUGAACGGCACAACUUAACGCUCCGGUCAACUGAUAGCUUCUGAGGAGUGGAACAUCAUUCUGUAGUCGACUACAUACACAGCGCGAAAUAAACCCUGUCCUGCGCGUUAUGCACGAGCUGGUCUCUGUUAUCUGUCUCUGUCUAUCCGUCGUUUAAACCCCGUUCACCUUACUCCGUGCGGUGUCACUGUUGGCUCUCACGCUCUACCGACAAAAAUAGUGAACUGGUGCGCCACUGAUAUUUUGCCUGCUGCUAUUUUUGAGUGUCGUUUUAUUUGUCAAAUGUUCAACCAUGUCGAAAGAACAUUCAAUAAAACUGCUGUGAGUGCUGAG